AAGGAUCUGUACAAGGAGGCCAUGAUGGAGGAGCACCAGCCUCUUAUAUCACAAGCAGAAAAUUCCCAUAAGAAUUCUGAGGGAAACGUCAUGUUAUCACUAAAUUAUAAAGCAGAAGAUGAAGACAUCAUGCAAUGCUCUUCAGGAGAAAACCUUAAUGUACAUCCAGGACUUCACAGUACAGAUCUGUCAUAUAAUCCCUCUGAUCAUGAGGAAUCUUCAUCUGACCAAUCACAGAUUGCUACCACAAGUGCCGGUCAGAAAGGGGGUGAAAGGUUUCAAGUGAUCACAAAAAGAUCAAGUCUCUCUACAGACAGAAGAAUUCGCACACGGGAGAAGACGUUUUCAUGUCCACAAUGUGGGAAAUAUUUUGCAUAUAAAUCAGCGCUUGUUCGACAUGAGAGAAGUCACACAGGAGAGAAGCCGUAUUCAUGUUCAGAAUGUGGGAAAUAUUUUGCACAUAAAGCACAUCUUGCUAGACAUGAGAGAAGUCACACAGGAGAGAAGCCAAAUUCAUGUUCAGAAUGUGGGAAAUAUUUUGCAUGUAAAUCACAUCUUGUUAGACAUGAGAAAAGUCACACCGGAGACAAGCCGUAUUCAUGUUCAGAAUUUAGGAAGCCGUAUUCAUGUUCAGAAUGUGAGCAAUGUUUUAAUCAAAAAUCAGAUCGUGAUAGUCAUGAGAAAAGUCACAGAAGAGUAAGGAUACGAUCACAAUUCCAGAAUUUAGACUUUGAUUUCGAUUCCAAUUAA